UAGUGAUCGAGCCGGCGAGGGGGAAGCACGUAUGGUUUGACACUCUGCGGGACUGUGGUGGUGGUGGUGGUGGUGGUGGUGCUCUUCUACAUACAAGUUACCUUUCAAUGCGCCUUCGCCAAGGUCAAAAAAGUGGUACAGUUUAGUUCCCUUCAGUGUCUACUGGGUGAAGUUAUUAGUACAGUGUGGUGUGAAAGAUACAGUGGAGGCAACUGUAGUCGACAAACAAAACCAAAGUUUCUGAAGAGAUUGUUUAAGAAGUCGUACAUUCACUUAUUUUUUUUCCAUUUACUUGUAAAUGUUUGGGAGAUUUAUUUUUCUCUGUGAGAAUUAUCCUGUUUACAAAAGUAUUGCAGUGAUGAUCAGUUUAAAAUUACUAUUUUUUAUGAUCAAAUUACCCUAUAUGCGGUGCAAGAACGCUUAAGAACAGAACAUAACUGUCAUUGUAAUACAUGUGAUUGACGAAUAUAAUGAAUUUAUAAUUAAUACAUCCAGUGAUCUAUCAUUGACUGCACCGGCAAAUGAGACUGGUACUGCAAAGUCAUCGCGAUGCGUACAUUUAUAUUCUUGCAAAUAGUUAUAGAAUAAUAUCUAUUGCUAAUAACUCUUCAAGAUUUCAGUGAAUCUGCUUCAUGCAUCAUAUGAAAAAUCCUAAUCAAUUUCUACAGUAUGUUAUGAUCGUAAAUGACUGAGAAGCCUAGUCAACAUGAUAAGUUCCAGUCAAAUGUGCUUUGGCGCACAAGAACUCCUAAUUCUCAUAUCCUUUAUGCCUAAAUUCUUAACGAAACCAAUCAGACUCUGCCCCCUCUCCCCCCAUGCCCUAAAAACGAACGAAAGUUUAAGUUUUGAAGCGUAAAUUCCAUGGGAAAUAUAAUACUGGGGUAAAAUCUCCAACCAAAAUAAAAAAAGAAAAUUGUAAAAGACAGACUACGCUACGAGAGAGAAAAAGUGAAUAAAAGCCAAGCAUGCGACAAUUUUUUGUACCAGUGGGCGUGUGCAGGCCUUCAGAGUCAGUGAGGAGGCGGCCCUGGUGAGGAACAGGGCCUGACACACCCCCAGGAGUUACCAUGAGCAGAGACAGUGACCGCGGGAAGAAGAGAAAGAACAGAGUAGCAGCCAAGCGAGGUCAACCUGACGACCAGACUAUUAAGGAAUUCGCCGAAACCGCAAUGAAUGAGCUCUUAGGCUUGUACGGGUACGGCAAGGUGGACAGCCGGGACACCCUUGGGCUGUCGUUGCAUCGCUUCACGGCAGCACACAGCCCGCCCAUGCCGCCCGCUGCUGCUGCCGCUGCCGCUGCUGCUGCCACCAACACCAGCGGCAGCAGCCCCUUACGCCCCACCACCCACAGUCCCUCCAGGCUACUUCGACACAGUCCUCCUGCCUCCGCUAGUCACAGCCCGCAGCACCAUGCCUCGGACCAUGAAGGCGACUCCCUAGACUCCGAGGAUAUGCCAGUCUCUGGUCACCUGGAGCAUGGUCUGAGGAGUGUCAGUCCAGGGAAGACUGACCAAGGCUCCGGAUCUUCCAGAGGCAGCACCCCGAAGUCAGUGUUUGAGAAAGUAAUCAGGCUGAGAAUAAUUGAACACCUGGAGAGGAUAAACUUGGAAACAGGACAGCAGAGGCAGCAAGAGGGUGUUGAAGCGGCUCAACAGGUGUUGUCUCCAGGCAACAGGAGGAAAAAAAAAACGACUCAGUCCUCGCGCCGGAAGAUGUGGCGAAGAAUAAGAUGCCGCCGCUUGACACGAGUUAUAACUCAAGGAGGCGCCGAGGAACUGAUGGCUGGACCUGACUUGUCCCCGCGAGGUGGUGGAGGAGGAAGAGGGGAAGAAGGAGGUGGAGAAACGGGAGAAGGGGAAGAAGAAGAAGAGGAGGAGGAAGAGUACUUGGAGAAGGGAGGAAUAUAG